AUGGCGACAACGACGACAACCCACAGCCGCGCCCGGUCCAGCACCUUCUCCGGCCCUCACUCCCUCUCCCUCAAAGUCCUGCGCCUCUCCCGCCCCGCCCUCGCGACUCAAGCUCCCCUCCCCCCAACAGCCUUUGGAAACGGCCUCGACAUCGCCCCGAACGCUUCUCUCGCCUAUUCUACCGCCGACUCAACAGCAACCUCACAGGACGAGAAACGAGACACUUCUGCUCCGUCUUCCUUCCCUCUCACCCAAGCUCUCACCCUCCCCGCAGCUUUCGGCGCAGCCUAUGUCGGCGAGACAUUUGUGUGCACUUUAUGCGUGAACAACGAACUACCUCCAUCACCAUCGUCAGAUGAAGGAGGAGGUGGGUCGGGAGAGGGAAACCAAACCAUUACCGUCGUCAGUGGCGUCAAGAUCGUUGCAGAGCUCCAAACUCCUACGAGGAACCAGGCUGGUGAUGGGGGAAUUGCUUUACCACUUGAAGGUGCAGCAUCUACGCAUGAAGAUGAAGGCGAAGGAGGAGAAGGAGGAGGAGUCAAGAUCAAGCCGGGUGAAACACUCCAACGGACUCUUCGCCAUGAACUCAAAGACGAAGGACAGUAUGUUUUGGCCGUGACAGUGAGUUACACAGAAGAAACGCUUCUUCCACAACACGGGGGCACUGUAGUGGGGAGUCGGACGAGGAGUUUCAGGAAAUUGUAUCAGUUCAUCAGUCAGCAGUUGGUUGCUGUGCGAUCCAAGGUGACGGAGCGGAAGAAGAAAGAUACGACUGCGGCGAGGGAGUGGGUUUUGGAAGCUCAAUUGGAGAAUGUGGCCGAUGGCGGGGCGGGAAUUGUGUUGGAAAAGGUGUGGCUCAAGGAGAGUGAAGAGGAUAGGGUGGUGGCAAAGGCUAUGAUGGAUGUUGGUGGUACGGUUUUGAAACCUGGGGAUAUCGAGCAGAUUAUGUUCCUGGUCAAGGAGGAUAAGAAGGAGAAUGCGGAGGAUGUAGAUUUGAGUAUGAAGGUACGGCUGGGCCAACUGAACAUCGAUUGGAGAAGUGCUAUGGGCGAGAAGGGAAGUUUGACGACUGGGUGGCUGUCGAGUCGAGGACGAUGAACACAUUUUGAAACAUUUUGGAGCACGAUCUGAGAUCUCCCCAUAUCUUGGAGGGAACAACAUCCACGACUGCGAAUGAACAGUGUGGAUCGGCAUGUUGCUGAUACGCCAUAAUACAAGUAACGCUAACGCAGGACUGCAUUUAUUGUGGAAACACAGGUGUUGCACAGCGUAAGGAGAUGGCUCCGUAAGGAGAGUCCCCCAUUCGCCGGGUCCCGUUCAUGAUCAUUGGUGGGUGGGGAAGCAGGAGGGAAGUCGAUGCGAGGAGAGAAACUAGAUAUCAGACACCACGCUGCAAGAAGGAUGUCACGGUGUGGAACGGCUGAGAGCAGGCCAACGCAAGACUGCAUAUUGUGAUAAAAUCACGACGCAAGGAGGGAGAAUCUGACCUUUCUAGAAGCGUAUGGUUCGAAGAGCCUUCCAUUACAUCGCACAAUAGAG